AUGUACUUCGUCAAGCUGCUGGCGACUUUGCUGGUCUCAUGCAACCUUUUUCUAUCCGUCACAGCUAUCCCAUGGAUCUCUACUGAGCCAGGAACGCCGGAUCGCGAUGCACAUCCAUCUUUAGCAAGGAUAAGCCCGUCCGACCUCUUGCAAGCGGGCGCAACGCGCUCUGCGCUCUACCAGGCAGCCUUGACCGAGCUUCAAGAACUCGAAGCAGAGCCGCUAUGCCACCGUGUUGCCGCGCGACUACUCGUCAACAACUGUCAGAUUCUCGAGGGAAAAGACGAUGCCACAGUCUUGACAGACAGCGGGCGCCGGGCGCGCGACUUUGUGGACUCGUACGCGGCCAGCCUCGCCAUCUGUGACCUGGAGCGGGCCAGCUUCAGCAUCCCGCCGGCGUGUGAGCCGUUCCGCGAGCCCACGCUGAGCCGAACUCCGCUGAGCGAUACAGCGCAACUGCAUGUACCCGAAGCGCAAAUUCGGGCAUGUCUGGCUGGACUGGGUGAGUCGCCGUCGGCAUGGAACACGUGGGUCAGCUACAGUCACAAGGCCGUUCGGUUUUGUGAGGCCGCCCGAGCAGACUACGAGAAGACGCAAAAUAUCCUCGUCUUCCAGAAGCUUACGCGUGUCAUGGCCAAGCUGACCGACGACGUCGAGGCCGAGCUGCAGAGGCGCACGGAGGUUUGGGACGCGGAAGCUCAGGGUGCGGCAGAUCGGCUUGGCCACGUCUUACCCGUGGCAGACGCCCUCUUGGACAAAAUGGUAGUCAUUGAGUCCCUCUUGCACAAUGAUCUCAUGUCUUUGGUACGCGAGACUGCCACGCUGGUGGAGGACGGUUCGCAGUCAGCCCGGACACUACAGCAGGUGCUGCGUAUUCUUGUAAAGACAGUGCUUGAGAGCAACUCGGAGUUGGCCUUUGAGCAUGAGCGGUCGAUCGCAAGGGUCAAUCAGGUGACACAAGGUGAGAUGGAUGCGAUCAAUGCUGCAAUGCAGGGAGUCUAUGCGUCCGCAUUGUCGUUACAACGAGAAAUUGAACUUUCCCAACUCCAAGCCUCGGAUCUCACAUCUCGCCAAGAAGCCCUUGGAAAGGGCAUGUUGCAGCUCGAGGGCAUGACGCAAGCGUUCUUUUCCGACUUUGACGCCCACAGCCGCCUGCUGGUGCAGGCGAAGAAUAUGACAAACGACAUGUUGGACACAUUGGAGGCUACUGCGGCGGCCACUUGGACCAUCCAAAACUCGUUUCGCGGGUACGGCGAGCUGGGCGGCUGGUGGCCGUUCAUUGUAUGUCCUGCCGUCUCUCUCAUCAUGGGGUCGUAUGGCCUGCCGCCAUCUAUUUUGCGGAACAUUGGCCUGUUUACAUUGGGCGAGCUGGCUGGCGCAGUGAUCUCAUAUCACAACCACAUCCAUAACCACCUCGGAACGGUGGCAGGGGUUUUAUUUACGUUUGCGGGAAUGGUGAGCAAUACAACGGGUACGGUGAUCUGA